GAAGCCGUUUCAUUCGACGUGGAAAUUUCUUGCCUAACCCUUCAAAUGUAAUUGGAGAGCGCCCUGGUGAUCCUCUGCGCACCAUGCUGCUCGUCCGUCUGCUGCUCGCAGCUCUGCUUCUUGCGGGGGCGCUGGCCAGCCCGCCGGAGAGGGCGCUGUCGCUGCUGGAGCGGUACAAGCGCUACUCGACGGGCGGCCUCUACACCGGGCCCUUCUUCGACCCCAACUCGCCCAACAACAUCACGACGCAGCUCGGCACCCACGCCUACCUGCCCUGCAAAGUCAAGCAACUGGGCAACAAAUCUGUUUCAUGGAUUCGGAAGAGGGAUGCCCACAUUUUAACUGUGGACCACUACACAUUUAUCGCCGACGAAAGGUUUCAGAGCUUCAUCGUCGAGGGCACAGAGACGUGGACACUCCAGGUUAAAUACGUCCAGGCGAGAGACCAGGGCGAGUACGAGUGUCAAGUCAGCACGGAGCCCAAGAUGAGCCACUUCGUCACGCUCAACGUCGUAGGUAGGUGUCAUAAAUAUGGAGCAGAGUAGA